AACUGCGUGAACGUAGUAAUUUCUCUCUUCACACCGAUAGCGGAAGAACGGAAGUGAAACAUAGAAGCAGAUCGUCCUUGCGUCACCACUUUGCUCCUCUUGUUUUUACGAGGUGUAGAAUUUGGCGGAACACACCACAGUCAAAAUGGUGAAGCCGGACCGCACACGUAUCCGUGAGCCGGAUACGUGUGUACUGAAAACGCUUUUCACGACCUCGCAGCCCUCAGCGUCUUCCUCCAGCCGGUCGUGGCAGUGGGCCACCCCGCAGAUCGAGGGUUCCAACCCGUGCGCGCGCGGCGGGCACACGGCGACCCUGGUGAGCUCGAUAGCAGGGAGCGGGCCGAAGUUGGUGAUUUUCGGGGGGCAAUUCAACAACGACGGGGUGUACACAAAUUUAAACGACGUCUACGUGCUCGACGUCGACCAGAACUUGUGGACCACACCGGCGGUCAAAGGUAGCUGUUACAUUUGUGUUUGCAUUCGCCUUUACAGCGUUUGCUGCUCCACAAAGAGUGGAAGUAUGUUGUACUACAGCUACAUGAGAAUCAGAACUACUAUACGACUCUUUAUUGUUGUGAUUUCCACCAGGCACGCCACCUGAAGCCCGGUACGGCCACUCCGCGUCGCUGGUGGGGUCCCGCGUCGUGUAUUUUGGUGGCAGGGGAGACAAUGCGACGCAUUUUCGGGACUUGCACGCCCUGGACGUGGCGGCCAUGACGUGGUACCAAGGACCCUCCAGCGGCGGCGCGCCCGCGGCCCGCAUGGGACACAGCUCCACCCUGCACGGCACGAAUUUGCUCAUCUUUGGGGGUGUUUCCGGGCCAAAGUACUUACUUAUAAAUUUCCAUUUAAUAUUAAUUGUUGUGGUACCUGGAUAUCGCCUGUCCACUCGGAAGAUUAAUGCACAGCUGGAUGGCGUUGCAGAUGGAACAUUCACUUUGCUGCAUUUUUCGGUAUAAUCGUCGACCUGCAAUUAUUAUCGCGCGAAGAGCAAAAACAAAAUCUCCAGGUUCUUUUCCGGCCUUCACGUGUUGGAUCUAACCUCCAUGGCAUGGCGGACCCAGGAAACCACGGGUCCGGCUCCCAGCGCGCGGAUGGGUCACACCGCCACUUUGAUGGACACCAAUUUGGUGAUCCACGGGGGGUUCCAUCUACCAGCGGCGCAACAGAUCGAGAAAACGGUACUGAGUUAGUACUUAUGAUGUCAUCUUUCGCGUUGGCGUUCUUGCAGAAUUUUGUUUGUUUAUAUAGCUCAAAUUUGUCGAUAAUCGAUUUAUUUCCAACGACCAUGGUGCAAAAAUCAUCCAGGAAGCGAUCGGCGACAUGGUGAAAGCCUGUUACAUGAAUGACUUCCGCGUGCUCAAUUUGCAAACCUACGAGUGGAGCCGACUCCGCACGCACGGGUCUCCCAUGGCCCCACGGUUCGGGCAUACGUUGGUGCUGUCGAGUAAUGACUUAAUUGGUUUUGGCGGCUGGCACGGCGUCAACACGGAGAAUUGGGCGACAAGGGGGAAAGACAAGUAUCCUGUAUGGCUUCGUUAGUUCUAGAAAUAUGACAGCAUGCACAGAUGUUGUUUUUCUAUUUUUCAGCACGAAAAAAACCGUAGUAUGAAUUGUAAUGUUAUCCCAGACCCGAGCAGCCGUCAGGGAACGACGAGCAAUCGAAUGAAGACUGCAUGAUACUCCGAACCGGCGACAUGUAUUUCUUUUGUUGUUCACCUGUCUUUCUUUGCGGUUAUUUCGGUAUAUGCCACGCGUGAUCUUCAAAAAGGAAAUAAUUUUGAAAAUGACUCACGAUCAUAUACAUUUCCAGGACCUGGAGCCAAGUGACGUACACGGGCGUGGCUCCUUGCUCGCGGUACUUUCAUUCUUGCACGACAAUCGGGCCGCACCUGAUUGUCUUCGGCGGCUACGAUGGAGGUAAGCCGCUUGCCGACCUCGUGGUGUUGCGGGAAACGUCGGAUAGCAAAAAUUAGCUACUACGGUGUUUGUGUGCAGGUGUACAUACAACGCACAACGCACUUGUGGAUAAGCUCGAGAAAACUCUACGCUCCGAGCUUUGAGGUCGGAUUGCGCCGUCUCAUGCAGUGGGAAUUAAUAACAGUUACAGUGGAAACAGAACCUUGUCGAGAAUAAAAGAACAUCUAUCAUCGCAGCUCUCGGACACACGUACUUACAUUGACGGUGGAAGAGAGUUUUGAUGAGCAGAUUACUUAACCGUUGAAAAUAGUUGGUAGUAAUACGCGCCGAAGAUGGAUUGUAUACAGAGUCGAUUGUAAAAAAGGCCAAGUGUACAUUAUCAUCUAUUGUUGAGAAUCUUGGUGGGUGAGUGGCCACUAGAUUGGCACCUCCGUUCGUGCGAAAAUUUUUCCGCGAUUGAUCGUGUUCGUGAAGAAACCUCCCUUGCGAAGCCUCUUCAACAGCGUCUUGAGAGCCGAAGUGUCAGUUUACGAUUUUUGUGGAGUUGCGACUACACAGGAUUCAGUGAUGUGGAAGUACAAGGUGGGGACGAAAAAUGUUGCGCAAGCACCAGACCAAACACACACAGA